GCAAAGUGACCAGCACUCGGUGUGGAGAUGGGGAACAUGGAUGGGAAGUCCGUGGAGGAGCUGAGCACCACCGAGUGCCACCAGUGGUACAAGAAGUUCAUGACGGAGUGUCCUUCUGGCCAGCUCACCCUCUAUGAGUUCAAACAGUUUUUUGGCUUGAAAAACCUGAGUCCAUCAGCCAACAAAUACGUUGAGCAAAUGUUUGAGACGUUUGACUUCAAUAAGGAUGGCUACAUAGACUUCAUGGAGUAUGUGGCAGCUCUGAGCCUGGUCCUGAAAGGGAAGGUGGAUCAGAAGCUGCGGUGGUAUUUCAAGCUCUAUGACGUGGAUGGGAAUGGCUGCAUUGACCGGGGGGAACUGCUCAACAUCAUCAAAGCUAUUCGAGCCAUCAACCGCUGCAACGAGACGAUGACGGCCGAGGAGUUCACCAACAUGGUGUUUGACAAAAUAGAUAUCAAUGGAGAUGGGGAGCUCUCCCUGGAAGAGUUCAUGGAGGGUGUGCAGAAGGAUGAAGUGCUGCUGGACAUCCUCACCCGCAGCCUGGACCUGACACACAUCGUCCGCUUGAUCCAGAACGAUGGGAAGAACCCACACGAGGCAGAGCAGGAGGCAGAAGAUGCCCAGUAGGCUCCUGGACACCUUCCCAUUGCCUCCACCUUUCCCCCUUGCAUUAUAAAGACAAGUCAGGCUGUGGCUGUGGGAGCUGGUGAGCUGUCCCAGCACCAGUGCCACCAGCGAUAGACUAUCCUGCUAGUGCAGGGACCGGGCUCUGCUCCAAAGGUGCUGCUCCUCUGGCAGAGGGUUCAGGGGAGCCCAGGGCUCACCAGGCACUGCCCUGGCCCUGCCUGGCACAGCUGGUGAGAGGAUAGGCUGCUGUGAAGAAGGGGUGCUGGGAUGGUGGCUCGUUAUGCUGCAAGUGCACAUCUACUCCUGGGACUGCCAAGGAGACCAUGGGGCCUGGAUAUGGCAAGAGAGGAUGCACCAAGGAGAGGAACCUCAGUGAGGCUGAGUCCUGAAAGGAGCCUCAGGGAGGCUGGGUCCUGAGAGGAGCCUCAGAACUCA